AUGCCUAGUGUACCACUAGCACCUCUCGCUGAUUGGCCUCAUUUGCAGGGCCUCGCUUUGGCCGACCCUGAAUUUCAUAAACCUCAGCCGGUUGAUAUGAUACUAGGCGAGGAUAUCUUCAUGGAUAUUGUUCGCGAUGGCAUUGUCAGGGGUAAACCUGGAACGCCCACCGCAAUUAAUAGUGUGUUUGGUUAUUUGCUAGGAGGUAAAGUGAACUUUACUUCCAAUGUUUCGACUCCACGCCAUACUUGUUUUACGUCGUUCGACAACGACAAUCUUCAAAAGUUUUGGGAGCUGGAGUCAGUACCAGAGUUGCGGAGUUACACUCCCGAAGAAAAGCUAUGCGAAUCCUUUUUUCAAAAGACGCAUAAGCGCGACGACACAGGGCGAUACGUAGUCGCUCUGCCAUUCAAGCCCGACGCACCGCCGCUCGGCGAGUCUCGGCAAAUUUCUCUAGCACGAUUCCAUAAAUUGGAAUACCGUCUAGAACGUAACCCCCAGUUGAAGGCGGAUUAUCACGCGUGCCUCCAGGAGUACGUGGAUCUCAACCACAUGGAGCUCGCGGACGAUAACCCCCCCACUGGCGCGAGUUAUUACAUACCCCACGAUUCUGUGUCAAAAAUUUCCGAAACUACACGCACACGCGUAGUAUAUGAUGCUGGGUGUCGCACGACAAGUGGACACUCCUUGAACGACACUUUGUUAACGGGUCCUAAGUUACACUUAGACAUCGUUGACGUUCUUCUAAAGUUCAGAGUGCAUAACAUUGCAUUUUGUUCCGACAUCAAACAGAUGCAUCGCAAUAUUCUUGUGCGUGAAAGUGAUAGGGACUUUCAGCGCAUCCUUUGGCGUCAAUCGCCCGAGGAGCCUCUGCGCGACUAUAGGCUUCGUACCGUCACAUUCGGUGUAAGUAGUUCCCCCUAUCUCGCAUUACGCACAAUCAAACAGCUAGCUCAUGAUGAAGCUGAGCGUUUCCCACUCGCCUCACCAGUCUUACUAAAUGACGUCUUUGUCGACGAUGUGGUGACCGGUGCAGAUACCAUAGCCGAGGCCCUCGCUCUGCAGCAGGAGCUGAUAGUGAGAUUUUGUCCCGUGUCCCGGCGAGCUGCUGGCGUCACGUCCCGUCAGCUGACAACAGCGCUGACCCGGCGUCGCGCGGUCUGCUGCCCGCCGCGCUCGUACAAAAUGACUUGUGGCUCCAUGGUCCUACAUGGCUCCAACAAAGUCACGACUCCUGGCCUAUACAAAAACCGGUAG